AUGAAGGUCCUCUCCCCUUUGGCCCAGGUCGCUCUGGUCCAGAGCACGCUCUGUCUUGCUGGAUACACCAAUCAAUCGGAGGUUCCAUACUAUGGUCGGAGUCCAGCUGUCUACCCCUCGCCCAUUGCGAACGGCACAACGAGUACCGCCUGGGAAGAAGCCUACAAGCGUGCCAAGACCCUAGUGUCCAGACUGACCGUGGAGGAGAAGACUAACCUGACUCGCGGACAUGACGGCCAAUGCGUGGGGAACAGCGGCGCAGUUCCCCGCCUGUCGAUCCCUUCGCUUUGUUUCUCCGAUGCCCCUGACGGCGUGCGCGGGCAAGAAUUCGUCUCUGCCUUCCCUGCCGGAAUUCACGUGGCUUCGACAUGGGAUCGCUCACUUCUGUAUCAGUAUGGCCAUGCCCUCGGAGAGGAGUAUCACGAUAAGGGUGUUAAUGUAGCCCUGGGACCUGUUGCUGGUCCCCUGGGGAGAUUAGCCCGCGGUGGAAGGAACUGGGAAGGAUUGGGUGCGGACCCCUACCUUGCGGGCGUUGGCAUGGGUGCUAUCACCAAAGGUAUUCAAGAGGCGGGUGUCAUUGCGAAUGCCAAACAUUGGCUUCUGAACGAGGAAGAGUGGAGACGGAAUCCGGGGGAUAUGGGCGAGUCAUUGAGCUCCAACGUGGAUGAUCGGACACUGCAUGAGUUGUAUGCGUUCCCCUUUAUGGACUCUCUCAAGGAGGGCAUCCGCAGCGUGAUGUGCUCGUACCAACGAGCGAACCAUUCCUAUGGCUGUCAGAACUCCAAGCUUCUCAAUGGUGUCCUGAAAACCGAGUUAGGAUUUGAAGGGUUUGUUGUCAGUGACUGGGACGCACAGCAUGCGGGCGUCGCAUCUGCCAAUGCUGGUCUCGACAUCGUCAUGCCGGACGGUGGCUUUUGGGGCCGGAACCUGACUCGUGCCGUCAACAACGGUAGCGUUAGUGCAGACCGAUUGGACGACAUGGUAACUCGAAUCCUCGCCGCGUGGUAUUUGACCGGACAAGACGAAGGCUUCCCUGCUCCGGGGAUCUACUCGGAGGCCGAAAAGCACGAUCCCAUCGACGUCCAGCGCGAUCAUGCCGACCUCAUCCAAGAAAUUGGUUCUGCCGGCACGGUGCUGGUCAAAAACGUCAACAACACGCUUCCUUUCACCAACUCCACUAGAUUAUUGAGCGUUUACGGCUACGACGCGACCGUCAGUGCUUCGCCGUGGGCUAAUCCCUCGCGAUAUGGCGGUGGCUACGAAGUGAACUUUGGCUGGACGACCUUCAAUGGCACUCUCUUCACCGGUGGUGGCUCUGGUGCAAGCACCCCGCCGUACGUUGUUAGCCCAUUCCAAGCUCUUCAAGAGCGCACCGCUCGCAAUCGUGGAACUCUUCGCUGGGACUUUUACUCGGAGAACCCCACACCUGCAUACGUCAACAGCGACGCCUGCCUGGUGUUCAUCAACGCGUACGCAUCCGAGGCCUUUGAUCGCACCUCGCUUGAGGAUGAAUUCAGCGAUAACCUCGUGAAGAACGUGGCAACGAACUGCAGUAUUCGCACCGUCGACGCCUGGAUCGACCAUCCAAACGUAACUGCCGUGCUAUACGCCGGUCUCCCUGGCCAAGAGAGUGGUCACUCACUUGCCGAUAUCCUUUACGGCGACAUCAAUCCAUCGGGACGUCUGCCCUAUACCGUUGCCAAGAACGAGUCCGACUAUGGCUCUCUUCUCAACUCCACCGUAUCUUUCGACGCCUUCCCCGAGGUGAAUUUCACCGAGGGCCUAUACAUCGACUACCGCGCUUUCGACCGCAAGGAAAUCACCCCUCGCUUCGAGUUUGGUUUUGGUCUAUCCUACACGACGUUCAAAUACUCCGACCUCCACGUGGAAUCCACAGGAAAUAGCACAUCAGCUUUGGUGGAUCCAAGUAUCGCCAUCGUGCAAGGCGGACACCCGGAGCUUUGGGAUACUUUGUUCGAAGUGACAGCAUCGAUCACUAACACGGGAGAUGUGGCUGGCUCGGAAGUUGCGCAGCUCUAUGUUGAGAUUCCAAACGCUCCGAUACGACAGCUUCGAGGAUUUGAUAGAGUGCCUUUGAAGGUUGGGGAGACGAAACAGGUCACUUUCCUUUUGACGCGUCGGGAUCUGAGCAUUUGGGAUGUUGUUGCGCAGCAGUGGAGGCUUCAAGCGGCGGAGUAUAAUCUUUUUGUUGGCGCGAGUAGUCGCAUUUUGCACUUGAACGGGACGUUGCAGGUCCAGUAA